AUGGAUAUCCAUCACAGAAGCUUCCCCAGAAUCCUGAGUUCCCCCUCGCAGGGCUCAGCACUCAGUAUGAGUGGGUCCCUGUAUAGGAAGGGGGGCGUGCAGCACCUUGGUGGUGCACCUAGCGUCUUUGGCGGGGCUGGAGGCCACGGCACCCGCAUCUCGACCUCCAGAGGUGUAGUGAGCUAUGGUGGCGAACUCACCAGCGGGGACCUGUUUGGUGGCAAUGAGAAAACGGUCAUGCAGAGCCUAAAUGACCGUCUAGCUAGCUACCUAGAAAAAGUGCAGACCCUGGGGCAGUCCAACUCCAAGCUUGAAGUGCAGAUCAAGCAGUGGUAUGAAACAACUGCUCCCCAAAUCAGUCGAGACUACAGUGCCUAUUACAAACAAAUUGAAGAGCUGCAAAAUCAGAUUAAAGAUGCUCAACUGAAAAAUGCUCAGUGUAUCCUGCGAAUUGAUAAUGCCAAACUGGCUGCUGAGGAUUUCAGGCUGAAGUGUGAGACUGAGAGGGCAUUACUAGUAACAGUGGAGAACGAUCUUAUAGGCCUGCGUAAGGCCUUUGAUGAUCUAAACCUACGAAGACCAGAGUUGGAGUUCCAAAUUGAAGAACUGAAUGAAGACCUGAUUCUCCUCAAAAAUGAACAUGAGGAGGAAGUCAACAGCCUGCGCAAGCAUCUGGGCAGUACUGUCAAUGUGGAGGUGGAUGCUGCUCCAGGCCUCAACCUCAGUGCGGUCAUGAAUGAAAUGAGGCAGAAAUACGAAGACUUGGCCCAGAAGAACCUUCAAGAGGUCAGAGAACAGUUUGAAAGACAGACUGAAGCUCUGCAGCAACAAGUCACAGGGAGCACUGAAGAAAUAAAAGGAACUGAGGUUCAAGUAAAGGACCUGAAACACACCUACCAGAGCCUGGAGAUUGAGCUCCACUCCCAGCUCAGUAUGAAAGCAUCUUUGGAGCGUACAUUAGAGGAGACCAAAGCUCGUUACGCUGGCCGAUUGGCCACCAUCCAGGCACAGCUAAGCUCCCUAGAAGCCCAGCUGAUGCAGAUUCGAAACGACACAGGACGCCAGAACAAUGAAUACAAUAUUCUUCUUGACGUAAAGACCAGGCUUGAGCAGGAAAUUGCUACUUAUCGCCGCCUUUUGGAAGGAGAUGAUGUAAAGACUUCAGAAGAUCAGUUAAGCAUCCUAGAAGAGAUAGAUGUCAAGAAAACCAGGAAGAUUAAGACUAUCGUGGAAGAAGUAGUGGAUGGCCAGGUUGUGUCCACCAACAUCCAAGAGGUAGAACAACUUAUGUAAACAGCGGCCAGAAGGAGAUGCUGCUGAAAUUUUGAAAGAACUGUGGCUAUAAUUUUUGCUCCCUACAAGAAGCAGCUAUUAGAAGACACUAGUAAUACCCUGGAAUG